GUGACCUGUCACAUGACAGGGGGCGGGCGGUGAGUGAUGCUGUCUGUGCGGGGCGGUAGGAAGCUGCUGUAGAGGGGCUGUCACCAUGCCUCAGAGGAUGUCCAUGGAACGCCAGGCAUAUUCGGUGCCAAUCAUUCAGCCAGAUCUCCGCAGGGAAGAGACAAUACAGCAGAUCACAUUUACUCUACAGCAGCUGCAGUCUGUGUCCAAUGACAUCUUCAACAGGAUCCUGCAGAGAGUGGAGACCAAUAGGUCGCAACUCAAGAACAUCAACGAUCGGGUCAGCCUGGCACAAGCCAAGAUAGAGAAAGUAAAAGGCAGCAAAAAGGCCAUAAAGGUGUUCUCCAGUGCCAAGUACCCAGCUCCAGAACGUCUUCAGGAAUACACAUCCAUCUUCUCGGGUGCAGAUGAUUCAUGGUCUGAGAAAAGAGCAAGACACAAGAUCCAGAGCAAGCACCGACCACUGGAUGAGCAAGCGAUGCAGGAAAAACUCAAGUAUUACCCUGUAUACGUGAGCUUGAAAGGGCAAGAAGAGGAAGCGGCGGAGGAGGGGCUUGGUAGUCUACCCCGAAAUAUCAACUCUGUCAGUUCUCUGCUUCUCUUCAACACAACGGAGAACCUCUAUAAGAAGUAUGUGUUCUUGGAUCCUCUGGCUGGUGUGGUAACCCGAACUAACCAGCCUCUAGAGGGCGACGAUGAGGACCGGUUGUUUGCUGCCCCGCUGUCUAUCUCGAAGAGGGAGCAGCUUGAGCGGCAGACUGCAGAGAAUUACUUCUAUGUUCCGGACCUUGGGGAAGUUCCUGAGAUUGAUGUUCCUUAUUACCUGCCGGACCUUCCCGGAGUGGCUGAUGACCUUAUGUACAGCGCUGAUUUGGGUCCUGGCAUUGCCCCAUCUGCUCCAGGGGGCCCUAUUCCAGAGCUCCCCACAUUCAGCACUGAGGAGAUUAUGGAACCUUCAAGGGCAGAUGCACAAGAUGGCCGACCCCUGCCACCGCCACCACCUCCUCCGCCUCCACCACCUGUUCUGCCACCCAUUUCUCCUCCUGCCCCACCAGUGCUGCCUCCUUCACAGUCCACACUACCUGCACCCAGUGGAACGGACAGCGCGACUGUGGAUGCUGCUGCCAUCCAAGGAGCCCCUAAAGAGGUGGUGAAACCAUCCGAUGGCCGCGCAUCUCUUCUAGAGUCCAUUCGCCAAGCGGGCGGCAUUGGAAAGGCCAAACUGCGGAAUGUAAAAGAGAAAAAGCUAGAGAAGAAGAAGAUGAAGGAGCAGGAACAAGUUAAUGCCACUGGGGUAGGAGGAGAUAUGAUGUCUGAUCUGUUUAACAAGCUGGCAAUGAGACGUAAAGGCAUCUCUGGGAAGGGCCCGGCUGCCGGAAGUGGCGAUUCUCCUGCUGGAGCGUUUGCUAGGAUUUCUGAUACCAUUCCGCCUCUACCCCCGCCACAAGUGACGCCAGGAGAAGCAGACGAGGAUGAAUGGGAGUCUUAAGGUUACCAGAGCCUAUGGAAAGCAUGGAAGCAGCACCUUUUAGAGAUCUAGGAUAACAAAUUCAUGACUAACGAUCUUGUCUGGAAUGAAGGAGGUUUUGUAAUAAGGCAAAAAACAAAACCACAAGAUGUACGGGCACCCUGAUGAUUUCCGAAGUCUAGGAUUUCUCCCAUAUCUCCAGUAACUAUGUCCAUAUUAAGAUGCAUCAUACAUAGCAAUAUAAUAAAACCAUACAUUUCCUAAGGA